GGGGAGGCCGAAGCCAUGGAUCCCGGGCAACAGCCGCCGCCUCAGCCGGCUCCCCAGGGCCAAGGGCAGCCGCCCGCACAGCCCCCCCAGGGGCAAGGCCCGCCGUCCGGGCCGGGGCAGCCGGCACCCCAAGCGUCCCAGGCGGCGCCCCAGGCCCCCCCCGCCGGGCACCAGAUCGUGCACGUCCGGGGGGACUCGGAGACCGACCUGGAGGCGCUCUUCAACGCCGUCAUGAACCCCAAGACGGCCAACGUGCCCCAGACCGUGCCCAUGAGGCUCCGGAAGCUGCCCGACUCCUUCUUCAAGCCGCCGGAGCCCAAAUCCCACUCCCGACAGGCCAGUACUGAUGCAGGCACUGCAGGAGCCCUGACACCACAGCAUGUUCGAGCUCAUUCCUCUCCAGCUUCCCUGCAGCUGGGAGCCGUUUCUCCUGGGACACUGACCCCCACUGGAGUAGUCUCUGGCCCAGCAGCUACACCCACAACUCAACAACAUCUUCAACAGUCAUCUUUUGAGAUACCUGACGAUGUUCCUCUGCCAGCAGGCUGGGAGAUGGCAAAGACGUCUUCUGGUCAGAGAUACUUCUUAAAUCACAUCGAUCAGACAACAACAUGGCAGGACCCAAGGAAGGCCAUGCUCUCUCAGAUGAAUGUUACAGCCCCCACUAGUCCACCCGUGCAACAGAAUAUGAUGAACUCGGCCUCAGGUCCUCUUCCUGAUGGAUGGGAACAAGCCAUGACUCAGGAUGGAGAAAUUUACUAUAUAAACCAUAAGAACAAGACCACCUCUUGGCUAGACCCAAGGCUUGACCCUCGUUUUGGUAAAGCCAUGAAUCAGAGAAUCAGUCAGAGUGCUCCAGUGAAACAGCCACCACCCCUUGCUCCUCAGAGCCCACAAGGGGGUGUCAUGGGAGGUGGCAGUUCCAACCAGCAGCAACAGAUGAGGCUGCAACAAUUGCAAAUGGAGAAAGAGAGACUGCGACUGAAACACCAAGAACUGCUCCGGCAGGUGAGGCCACAGGCAAUGCGGAAUAUCAAUCCCAGCACAGCAAAUUCUCCAAAAUGUCAGGAAUUAGCUCUCCGUAGCCAGUUACCAACACUGGAGCAGGAUGGUGGCACUCAAAAUCCAGUAUCUUCUCCUGGGAUGUCUCAGGAAUUGAGAACAAUGACAACCAAUAGCUCAGAUCCCUUUCUUAACAGUGGUACCUAUCACUCUCGAGAUGAGAGUACAGACAGUGGACUGAGCAUGAGCAGCUACAGUGUCCCUCGAACCCCAGAUGACUUCUUGAACAGUGUUGAUGAAAUGGAUACAGGUGAUACCAUAAACCAAAGCUCCCUGCCCUCACAGCAGAACCGUUUCCCAGACUACCUUGAAGCCAUUCCUGGGACAAAUGUGGACCUUGGAACACUGGAAGGAGAUGGAAUGAACAUAGAAGGAGAGGAGUUGAUGCCAAGUCUGCAGGAAGCUUUGAGCUCUGACAUCCUUAAUGAUAUGGAGUCUGUUUUGGCUGCCACCAAGCUAGAUAAAGAAAGCUUUCUUACAUGGUUAUAGAGCCCUCAGGUAGACUGAAUUCUAAAUCUGUGAAGGAUCUAAGGAGAUAAGACAUAAUACCUGAUAUUUCCAAAUAAGCCGGUCACAGUUUUCUGGCCAAUACAGAAACAGAUGAACAAACGUCCAGCAAGAUUCUUUCAUCCACUCUUCUGCUCUUCCUUGUCCAUUGCUGCUGUUAAUAUAUUGCUGACCUCUCUCACAGUUGGCUCUAAAGAAUCAAAAAGCAAAAAACAAAACUGUUUUAUUUCUUUCGCUAUUAUAACUACUGUUCAUUUGGGGGCUGGGGGAAGUGAGCCUGUUUGGAUGAUGGAUGCCAUUCCUUUUGCCCAGUUAGACAUUCACCAGUCAUUUUAACUAAGUACUCAGACUUGGAAGUCAAAUGCUUCAUGUCACAGCAUUUAAUUUGUUCAAGCAAUUGUUUCUUCAGCUGCCUUUGGCCAGUGGGAAAACAUGACUUACUGGUCUGACAAGCCAAAAAUGUUGUAUCUAAUAUUGAAUGAUUAAUGCUGAUUUGAAGAGAUAGCUGAAACUAAGGCUGAAGACUGUUUUACUUUCAGUGUUUUUUUUUCCUCCUAGUGCUAUCAUUCGUCACAUAGUGACCUUGAUUUUAUUUUAGGAGCUUAUAAGGCAUGAGACAAUUUCCAUAGAAAUAUAUUAAUUAUUGCCACAUACUCUAGUAUAGGUUUUGGUGGAUAUUUUAUGGUUUUUUGUUUGUUUGUUUUUGUUUUUGUUGGAACCUAGGCAAAUUACCAUAUUAGUGAAUCUGUUUAUAGGUAUAGCUUGGAGCGAUUAUUGUAGUUCUUUUUGGUAAAAUCUACAUUUCCUAGUUUUUUACCAUAUUAUUUAAAUCUUGAUUAUUCGCUCUCUAUACACACACACACUUAAAAUGUUUAUAAUAGUGUGAUAGCAGAAUGUAUCUUUGUUUUUAGGUUUCUCUACUUUCCAGUUUAUUUUUAAAAUGGUAGCUUUGAAUGUAUGCAUUUAGAGUACAUGGCUAGUAGUUUAUAUUCACAGAUAGUUUAAACUUGAUUGGGGUAACCUACAGAUGUUUGAGGUAGUUUAGUAUUCUAGGAAGGGCUGUUAACAUGGAUAGUGCCUAGAGGGGUACUGUGUGCCCUCUGAACACACAACAAGUAGUAUCUGAUGGAUUAGAAAGGAGCAAACAAGAAAAGGCUUUAUUUUCCCUCUUAGACUUCCCUGGACGAAUCUUGAGUCUUGAUGGGAAAUCACUGAGUAGGUUUAUCAUGUACACAACAGAAGUAAGCUUUAUAAUGGUUUGCUUUCUUUAGCUUUGGAAGUUUAUUUCUCCCUAUUCUUGAAAGUCAAUUCUAGUACUUUGGUUUCAUUUGCAAUGAACACAUUAAAGACUAGAUUGAAAUAUUACCUGCAAAAUUGUUGGUGUAAGACUUGCUCCUACUUCCAUAUGCUGAAAAUUGACCCUGGGUAGUAUAUAGAAUGCCAUAAGGUAUGAGUUAGCUGGUAAAGUGAUCAGACUGAAAAAUGUACAUUGGUAGUUGAAAUUAGCAAAGAAAUAGAGAUAAUCAUGAUUAUACCUUUAUUUUUACAGGAAGAGAUAUAAUUAGAGUUUGUGUCUACAGUAGUAAUAAUGGUUUCCAAAGAGUAUUUUUAAAGGAACAAAAUGAGCAUGAAUUAACUCUUCAGUAUAAGCUAUGAAGUAAUAGUUGGUUAUGAAUUAUAGUGGCACCAGCUAGCACCCCUGUGAUUUAAGGGUCUUUCAAUGUUUCCAGAGUAAGCCCUUAUUUUCAAGGGUUUAUAACAGACAUAAAAUCCCUUUUCCUGGCUAAAGCUGCUAUGAAAAGCCUCAGCCUGGGAAGAUAGAUUUUUCUUUUCAAUUAUUACAUCUAAAUAUUUUGGCCCUUCGAUUUGGAGGAGUACAAAAAUGGAAGUAAAUUUUAUUUUAAGUACUUUCAGUGCUGAAAAAAAUGCAAUCACUGUGUUGUAUAUAAUGAUUCAUAGGUCGAUCAUUCAAAAAAUUGACUCUAAGGCUUUUAUUAAGAAAACAGCAGAAAGAUUAUAUCUUGAAUAAGUCUGGGGGGAAAUGGCCACUGUAUAGAUGCAUUGAGUUUUAGAGCAAUAAUGAAAUUCUGCCUAAAAUGCAAAAUUGAGUAUAUGAAUGAUACAGUAUGUUGUUUUUAAUGUGCAGAAGAUCAAAGCUACUUAGAAGGAGUGCCUACAAUUUGCCAGUAAGCCACAAAUUAAGAUCCUAUCUUAUAUAUCAGCAAAAUAGCUUUAGCUUAGGGGGAGGGUGGGAGUGGGUUGUAAAGAUUUAGUGGGACCUUGAUAGAGAACUUGAUAAACUUCUUUCUCUUCCAUAAAGACUUGUCUCGCAUCUUGCUAUCAUUGAAGGCAGUUUCUAAAAUUUUAGUCACUUAAGUAUACCUAUGAACAAGAAUAUGCAGAUUUCAUUUCCCCUUGACUUUAAUUUUCCCAGUUAUACCUCAAUGUUGUAGCAACACUGUGGUACCUGACACAGUGCCUUGAUGUUAUCAUACCUUAUGUACUGACCUUAACGAGACCUAAGAGUCCUUUCUCUUUUUGAGUUUGAAUCACAGCCUUGAUGUGGUCUUUCUUGUUUUAUGUCGUUCCUCAUGUAAAAGUGUUUAACUGCUUCUUGGUUGUAUUGGAUAGCAUUGUAAUGAGAUUUUAACUGGGUAUUCUUGAAUUGCUUUUACAAUAAACCAAUUUUAUAAUCUUUAA